CACCUCCCCUGGUCGCUGCCGCGGCACGGCCAGCGCGCUGCACGACGGCAUUAUCCCGGGACCCACGGGACCAGAACCCCAGAACGGAACCGCUGCUGUUCUCUGCCGCGGCCUCAUGAGCAGCAUGCAUCGGCACGGCCGGCGGGGCCGGGCUCGGGAGCAGGCGCAGGUGCUGAUGACUCUGGCGGCGGCGGAGUGCGCUGGCCGCGACCCGGUGGCCUGGCUCAAGUCCCACGUGUUCACGUGCUCUGGCGGCCACCUGUACGUGAUCGGCGAGUGCGGCAGCCCGCAGGUGUCAGCCAAGUGCCCCGAGUGCGGCGCGGCGGUCGGCGGCCAGAACCACCUGCUGGGCCCAGGCAACUCCCUGGCGGUGCACCUGGUGCAGCAGCUGCUGGAGGGGGGCGCCGAGUAGCGGAGAGUAACGGAGAGUAGCGGCAGGCAGGCAGCAUAGCGGCAGCAGCCACUGCCGCACGAGAGGGGGUAGGCAACAACAGCAGCAGUAGCAGGCACCGACGUGUGAGCAGGAUGAGCUAAGACCAGUUGCGGAUGAGCCACGACGGCCGUGGGUGGAAGCUGGAGCGGGGGCCAAGUAGGGCGGUUUCGAGGACCAUGAUCAGCGCCUGCUUGUGUGGCUAUGACAAACCUGGUGUUACUGCGCAUCAAGAGCAUGUCUUGAG